AUGGACAAGUACAAUUCCCAAUGGGUGCAGUUCCACAUCCGGGACCACCUCGACAAGGGAGAGAUCUCCGUCCGUCACACCGUCAUCGAGGGCGGAGACUUCCACGACCCCGACUCCAACAAAGCCAUGACCGAAGACGACGUCGACGAGCUCCGCAUCCCCUCCUACGGCGUCGGCGAGAUCUGUGCCCGCGGCCGCCGCGGCAGCGAGGGCCGCCUCGACCUCUUCCACGGCGAGGACAAGAUCUGCGAGCUGCACUGGGACAACCGCCAGGGCAAUUGGGUCAACCUCGUCGAGGUGCUGGACGGAAAUGACAAGUACAGAGUCGAGCAUGGGGGAUGGAGCCCAGAGGCAGGACCUCUGGGCCAUGUCUACGUGGACAUCAUGGCACAACAGGCUGCGCAGGCUGCUGCUGAGCAGCAGAAGAAGUAG